UGUCAGAAGUGCGCAGGUUUCGCUGCAGCAAUCGAAAGUGAAAUUUGUGUUCAAAUAACUGAUAAACUGAUAGUGCAAGCAGCUUUGUGCUCUUUCCAAGCAAUCAGAAGCUGAAACUGCUAUUUUUGUCGAAUCAAAAUCCAGGAAGUUACGUAACACUCUUAUUCGAAACAGGCUAUAAUUCUCACAUUAUCUUCAUGUGAUUAGUUAGGAGCUGUUUUUCGAAACAUUUGCAUCGUGGCGUUGCAAGUGUUUUUAUAUACCUUGCGUUGCAUCGUGUGCCGGGUGAAUAAUUCAAAGGUAAGGUGAAUUGUUGCGGAUAGAACAACUGUAUUUGAGAGUGAAAGAUGGCUCUACUAAUUGGGCAUGUCCGACGACUGCUGCUGAACCAGGCGACCCGGAAAUCCCUGGGAGAAGCAAAAAGCAGGGCUAUCUGCAUUUCUGCCUUCAGUCCCGCUAAAAGUGCAGCUGCAAAGAAGCCCGAUGAGCUGGAGCUGCGACCUUUGUAUCUGGAUGCCCAAUCGACGACACCGAUGGACCCACGAGUGAUGGACGCCAUGUUGCCCUAUUUGACUGGUUGCUAUGGCAACCCUCACUCGCGGACGCACGCCUACGGCUGGGAGAGUGAGGCCGCCGUGGAGAAGGCCCGCGCGAUGGUGGCCGACCUGGUGGGAGCCGACCCGAAGGAGAUCAUCUUCACCUCCGGCGCCACCGAGUCUAACAACAUCGCCGUCAAGGGCGUCGCCAAGUUCUACCGCUCCAAGAAGAACCACGUCAUCACCACUCAGACGGAGCACAAGUGUGUACUGGACUCGUGUCGACACCUGGAGAUGGAGGGUUUUCGCGUCACCUACCUGCCCGUGCAGUCGAACGGGCUGGUGGAGCUGUCGCAGCUGGAGCGGGCCAUCACGCCGCAGACCGUCCUCUGCUCCGUGAUGACUGUUAACAACGAGAUCGGCGUCCGGCAGCCGGUCGAGGACAUCGGCCGCAUCUGUCGCGAGCACAAAGUCUUCUUCCACACGGACGCUGCCCAGGCCGUCGGAAAGAUCCCGGUCGACGUGAACGACAUGAACAUCGAUCUGAUGUCCAUCAGCGGCCACAAGAUUUACGGCCCCAAAGGUGUGGGCGCCCUGUACGUGCGGCGCCGUCCGCGCGUCCGUCUGGAGGCGAUCCAGUCUGGCGGCGGUCAGGAGCGCGGUAUGCGUUCAGGGACCGUGCCCACGCCGCUGGUGGUGGGUCUGGGCGCUGCCUGUGAGCUGGCCAAACAGGAGAUGGAGUACGACGACCGGCGUGUGCGGGAGCUCUCUGACCGGCUGGUGGAGCGGAUCCGGCGCGAGCUGCCAGACGUGAUUCGGAACGGCGACGACCGGCACACGUACCCGGGCUGCGUGAACCUCUCCUUCGCCUACGUGGAGGGGGAGAGCCUGCUGAUGGCGCUCAAAGACGUGGCGCUGUCCUCUGGCAGCGCGUGCACCAGCGCCUCGCUGGAGCCCAGCUAUGUACUGCGUGCUAUCGGCGCUGACGAGGACCUCGCUCACUCGAGUAUCAGGUUCGGGAUCGGUCGGUUCACCACGGAGGAGGAGAUUGACUACACGGCCGACAAGUGUAUCCAGGAGGUGCGCAGACUGCGAGACAUGAGCCCGCUGUGGGAAAUGGUGCAGGACGGUAUCGACCUCAAGUCCAUCAAGUGGUCCCAGCACUGAUCCCUGGUCACCCCCACCACGAGUGUGUGGUGAUCCAGGUCCGUGGCUGUGGCUGUCUCAGUGGAGAGGACCCUCCGCGUGCGAGGCCAAACAGGACAGGCUGCAGCGUCCAUCGCCUACUCAGUCACAUGUCGAGUGCUCGAACAAUGUGUGAAUGGUAGUCUGGGUCCAUGUGAUAAUCGAUGAAUCUGUUGAUGCAGACGUGACUAUGCCGUUUAAAAAUGUUUAAUUUGAAAGCAAUAAUCAUUGUCCUUCGCUGUCAGCUCUUCAAACAAGUUGCUAAAUAGUAUUUUUUUUUCUGAAUGAUAAUAGUACCAGCUGUGUACCAAUAGGGUUUUGUUUCAGCAAUAGGAAUGCAUGGUUUGCAGUGACAUGUAACUUUUUGAUGAGUUGCCAUAUCGAUGUUUUAUUGACUUAAGAAUUGCAACGUUUUAAACGGCACCCGAUAUGCUCACGAUCACAGUCGAAUAAUUGUUUCAUCUUUGCGUAAACCAAUAGUCCUACCGACAUGCUAUAUUUCAUUACGUGUUUGUUCGUCAUGUAGACAGCGCUACCGAUGAGGCAACGAGGUGGGUCCGUACUUGUGUAGUACGCCGAGUGGGCCUUUGUGCAUUGUUAUGUAGUUCUAACGGCCAGUGCUAUACCUCUGACCCAACUUUGGCAGUAGCUUUGCCUUUCCUGCGCUAUCCGGUAUCAUUGUACGUAUAUCAAGCUGAAUGAUAUCUCGCUUACGCUGUUUGUGGAGAGAUCAUGAAUGUUUUUAGUGGAAUGUUUUGGUAAACACCUCUAAAUUCUUGCUGAGAAAAGAUUAAACUAUUGGUCUUCUGAGAAGUGUAAAUACACACAUCUUUCAGUGCUACGCCUUUUCAACUCCGCACAGUUAAUUGAUAGUUGAUUUAAAGAAAGCCUUAUUACAAAAAUUCCUUUUUGCAUAUACUGUACAGCGCUUUUGUAUGGACAUUAGACAAUGUCCCGUUUGAUUCGUUGUGUUGUAUUAUACCGUGUUGUGAUCACCUGACGCCGGAUUCAUCACCCACUGGAAUCGGGCGCUCGGCUCUGCUCAGUCCACGCUCUCUGAGUGUUCAGCGAUGCUUGUGUCAAUACAUAUUACACAUAAGCAUUA